ACUCUCAUUUUAAUUCUUGUUUUUUGAUUCCGUGCCAGACUGAUGGUGGUGUUAUUAAGGCAAGGACACAACCAAUCAACCUCCUGGUUCCAAAUGAGAGUCACAGUCACUAAGAAAACACAGAUGAGAAACCCUAAAAUGAUCCUCUUCUUGUAUAGAGAGAAUUCAACUGAUGAAGUUACAGUGCAAAUGGGAUUGUGCAUGUAGAAGAUCUCCUAGUGAUAACUAAGUGCCAGUAGCCUUCAGUCACAUUAGGACAGUCCUAGAACACGUUUUUAUCAACACAUUACAAGAAACAUUGCAUUUACACCAACAUCUUCAUUGGACAAGUACAUCUAUCUUUUGUAACUACCUUCUAGGUGGUCUUUUUAUUUUCCUUGGACUAUAUAAAAAUGGCAUUUCAGUUUAACUUUUCUAUCAAGGAAAAUGUAGAAAACAAACUAGAGGCUCUUAGUGAUACAGACUUACUCCUGGGCUCUGCACAGGAUGCUUUGAAAAACCAAAAAGGAUCUACAGAAAGCAAGGAAGUGUCAUCAGAAGAACAUGCCGCAGUACAGGAAUCUCUACAUGCAUAUAAGGUAGCACCAGAAACUGCAGCUCUUAUAGCAAGCUGCUGCCCAGAGCCAGCUGAAGAUGAAAACCAGAAUGAGACACUAUCAAAGAAAGAGUCCUGCAAAGUUGCCAGGGAGCAUAAUAUACCUGACGAUGUCGACAAAGUGUUAGAAAAUAAAGUUGUGGAAGCCUUAUCGGGGCUAUAUCAUGUAAACAUUUCUGUAGUGGAAAUUAGUCUUUCAGAUGGCUCCCAUGGAGAAGACGUAGUGUCUAAAAGUAUUUCUUCUCACUCUGAUCUCCUCCCAGGUGUCUAUGAGGGAGGAAUGAAAAUCUGGGAAUGCACUUUUGACCUCAUAGAUUACUUGUCAACAGCUGAGAUACAGUUUGUCAACAAGACAGUUUUGGAUCUUGGCUGUGGGGCUGGACUGUUGGGAGUAGUGGCCUUAAAGGGAAAGGCAGAAAAAGUCCAUUUUCAGGACUACAAUGGCACUGUAAUUGAUGAAAUAACCUUGCCUAAUGUCGUGGCUAACUGUGCUGGUGGUGAUGGCAGUGAUGAUGAUAACAGAAAAGCUGGUGAACCUACUUCAAAAAGGCUCAAGAAAGCAGAUUGUUCACCUGGUCUGCUCUCAAAAUGCAAAUUUUUUUCUGGGGAAUGGUCUGAGUUCAUUCGACUCCUAUCAAGUGACGGGAAACUUAUUUCAAAGUAUGAUAUCAUUCUCACAUCAGAGACUAUUUACAACCCUGAUUACUAUAGUGCUUUGCACGAUACCCUUUCUAAGCUACUGUCUAAAAACGGCUGUGUGUAUCUGGCUAGCAAAGCACAUUAUUUUGGGGUUGGAGGUGGGGUCCAUCUCUUUGAAAAAUUCAUCGAAGAGAGGAAUGUGUUUAGGACUAAAACGGUUAAAAUUAUUAAUGAAGGACUGAAGCGGUUUAUUAUUGAAAUGGCCUUUAAGAGUUCUAGUUGAUACAUUUGUGUACCCAUUGAUUUGGUUAAAUACCAUUUCUAGCACAUGCCUUCUUUAUCUUGGUUGAAUUGUUUUGAAGUGGCUUAUAUGCUGGGAUACUUUGCUUCUGGAGAAUAAAAUGAAUAUAUUUUGAUUAGACAGUUGUAUAUAUUGAAUCAAGUACUGACAAAAGGUGCCACAAUUAUACACCUGAGAAUCUGUCAUACUUUUUCACAGAACAGAUAGAGCAGAGGAAGCAGCAAUACAAACUUCUCAUGGCCAUUUUGAUUAAUCUACUACUAAAUAUAGUCAUUCCUGGGGUGUUUUAUAUUAGUGGAUCUGAGAGAAAUGCAUCCAAAAUACCACUAGCAUUUAAUAUAAUAUGCAAACACUGGAUUGAAAAGAGGCAAAAAAUGCAACAGUGGUUCCAAUUAAGUAUUUUAGCUGAGGUCCUGGGACCACGUCUUUGACUUAAGAGUUGGUAUGUGAUGCAGUGACUUUUAAUGUGCAAUUUUCUGUUCUCCCACCAGAGGAAUAUGCCAUUUAUUACUUGCAUUAUAUUAGAACCUAAUCUUGCAAAUAUUUCAUUUUUCUUGCUCUGUAUGUAUAUAAAUGGGUUUGCAAGAUUGGACUCCUGGAGAACUAAAUAAGCAAUAAUCAUUGGGUGACAUGGUUUCUAUAUUGAAGUUAAUGGGAGUUUUACCACCAAUGUUAAUAGGACCAGAAUUUCACUGAGGUCAACCCUUAAUGUGAGAGAAAAAUAAAUAUAUUGAGCUAUCAUAAAAUCUUGAUGCAGAUAAA